UACAUGUUCAUUGAGAGUAGCAGUCCCCAACGUCUUGGCGACAAAGCAUGGCUGGCCAGUGACCCAAUACAGCCCACAACAGGAUCAUGUCUCACAUUCUGGUACAACAUGAAUGGUGCAGGAAUUGGCACACUGAAUGUAUACUACAUGAACUCUACCAACAACAAAAUCUUCAGCAUGAGUGGUAACCAUGGUGAUGUGUGGAUGAAGGGAAAUGUGACCCUUGUAUCCACCCAGCCCUUCAAGAUAUUGUUUGAGGCAAUCCGAGGACAGAACUACAGAGGCGACAUUGCGCUUGAUGACAUUGAUGUAGCACCAGGUUAUUGUUCACUGCAGACUACAGCAUCACCUGUAACCACUCCACAACCUACACUAGGUAAGUCUAUACACAACCUACACUAGGUAAGUCUAUACACAGACUACAACAUCAC